AUGGCACCUUUUGCGUUAGCGCUUUUUACACUGGUUUCCAGUUUCAUUGCCUCUUCAAUUGCAGGAAUUGCGUCGACGCAAGAACUUCAUAGGCAUUACUUUGGUGCUGGUGAUUUUGAUUUUGAUUUUUGGUACUGGGAUCUCACCUGGCUCGUGUGGGACAAGCAGUGCUCCAAAUAUAAUAUAAGCCUUCCAGUAGAUACUCGCAUUACAGGUGGCGAUUUGGCUGCGCCCAAUAUGUUCCCCUAUCAGGUGGGUCUUCUACUGCUGCGCGCACCAAAAAUUUAUCAAUGCGGUGGUACAUUGAUAUCGGUGAGUUAUGUGCUCACAGCGGCGCAUUGUUUAUAUAAGUCUACCCGUGGCAAAGUUUUUCUAGGUUCUACAGAUUUCGCCAAUCCGAUAACCUCUGCUGCUGUUUACAAUGUUAGUGAAGAUAAUUUUUUUGUUUACGAGAAAUACACAUUACGUGGUGGUCGUGAUGACAUCGGUCUAAUACGCCUACCGUCGCCGGCAACGCUUUCCGCUGCUGUACAGACCAUACCACUAGCGCGCCGCUUUAUGACGCAGUCAUUGUUGGAGGGUGAAAUCGUCACCACAUCUGGCUGGGGCCUUACAGCAGACGCUGAUGGGGGAAAAAUGGAAUUCAAUUUGUUGUUGUAUUAUGUAGAUGCACCAGUGAUGGCGCUGAGAGAGUGUGCUUGCUAUUAUCUGCCCGGGUUGGUACGUAGCCGUAACCACAUUUGCGCGAGUGGCGCUGGUGGACGUGGCAGCUGUGAUGGUGACUCUGGCGGACCACUAACUUAUUAUUAUCGCAAUAAAACCUAUUUGGUUGGAUUGACCGCCUUUGGCAGCGCUGGGGGCUGUGAAAUUGGUUUUCCCUCAGUGUAUACGCGUGUCACUUCAUAUUUAGAUUGGAUUGCUGGGCGUACAGGAAUAAAAGUUGAUUAA